AUGGCACAAUAUGUAGCGGCUAUUCUUGGUAAACUCGUUGGAAAAACCGAAUUUCAUGUUCGCAACAGCUUUGAUUUUGCCGAAGAAUUUUCACGAGUGCAAGUACCCGAUGGAUAUGUCAUGUAUUCGUUAGACGUGGUAUCUCUCUACACAAAUGUGCCCGUAGAGGAGGUGUACGAAUGUGUUGAGGAACGAUGGGGAGAACUACAGGAACACACCACCAUUCCUUGGAACAGCUUCAAAGAAGCAAUGAAAACGGUCCUCGAUGCAUCUUUCUUCCAAUAUGAAGGGAAAUUCUAUGGGCAGAAAGCGGGGGGGCCCAUGGGAUCUCCUUUAUCACCGGUAGUUGCGAACAUCAUCAUGGAAAAACUAGAAAAUGAAGCAAUAGCACGUCUGAAACAGCAGAAUAUAUCGCUCAGAACCUAUCGACGGUACGUGGAUGACUGUUUUGUCGUGGGGAAGAAAGAAGAGAUCAAAAAAGUGGUGAAAGAGUUUAAUGAGCGACACGAGAAAAUUAAUUUUGCAAUAGAGAAUGAGAUCGAAGCAAAGAUCUGGUUCCCGAAGCAGCAAUAUGGUCGGUAUCUGGACUAUAACUCGGAGAGUCCACAUACUCACAAGGUUAACACUGCCAUUGCGCUCGUCGAUCGCGCACUGAAACUCACGGAUGUGGAGAGUAGGAUAGAGAGCAUAAAGACCGCGAGAAAAAUUCUGCGUAACAACAACUACCCGGAGGCGCUAAUUCAACGGACUCUGGAGAGAAGGGUUCACUUACUCUACAACACGCUCCAAGGCAACCAAAAAACCGAACAACCGAAGAAAUACGUUUCGCUCCCGUAUGUACCGGGACUCAGUGAAAAGGUGGGGAAGAUGCUGAAAAAUUUUGAUAUCACGGCGUCUUUCAAGCCGUCGGAUAAGGUGAAAAAUGUGGUUUUCACUAAACUGAAGGACGCUGUACCAAAAAUGAAACAAAUAAAUGUUGUGUACAGCAUCCCAUGUGGCGCAUGUGACGACAAACAUUACAUAGGACAAACAUCACAAACAUUGGAAAAACGCAUUGGACAACAUAAAAACUCCAUUCGUACUAACACAUCAGCAACGGGACUCACGCAGCACACUCUGGAGCAUGGCCACAGUUUUGACUUCUCUCGAACGAGAAUUCUAGAGAGAAUCAACAACAAUGCGAGCAGGCUAUCUGCUGAACUGCUCCACAUAAAAAUGAACAGCAAAACGACAGUGAACCUACAACGUGAAGUGGACGGUUUCUCCAAUACAUACAACAACCUGGCAUACAAACUAAAAAACGAGCAACAACCCACACAACGACGACGGAAGAGAAACGAACGCAAAGGAGUGACAUAA